AAAGAAUGUAAACAAACAAUGGCUCACACGUGAAACUCUGGAUCAAUUUCCUUUUCCGCCUUGAUGCUGGGCUGCCUUGUGCAUGGCGCGGCCCGCGACGCGGCGCGGCGGCGGCUGACGGCCCAUUGCUGCCGCGGGAUGGCCGCCGGCAGGGGGGAGGCCACGGGGAAGAAGGACCUGUCAGAGCCGCUGGCUGCUGCUUACAAACCUGGCGAUGUGGAGCAUGGGUGGUAUCGCUGGUGGGAGGACCACGGCUUCUUCCGCCGGGCUGGCACAGAGGAGAGCUUUGUCAUGGCCUUCCCUCCCCCCAACGUGACUGGCUCCCUUCACCUGGGACACGCCCUCACCUGCUCAAUCCAAGACACCAUUGCUAGAUGGCACCAGAUGCAGGGUCAUGAGGUGGUGUUCAUCCCAGGGUCAGACCACGCCGGCAUCGCUACACAGGUGGUGGUGGAGAGGCAUCUGUGGGCCACCCAACGGAAGACCAAGCAUGACCUGGGCCGAGAGAAAUUCGUGGAGGAGGUGUGGAAGUGGAAAGAGGAGAAGGGCACGGUGAUAUACGACCAGCUGAGGCGGCUUGGCUCCUCGCUGGACUGGAACAGAGCUGUGUUUACGAUGGACCAGCACAUGAACCGAGCAGUGACGGAGGCCUUCGUGCGGCUGUAUGAUGACGGGCUGGUGUACCGCAAGGAGGCACUCGUCAACUGGUGCUGCACCCUCCAGUCAGCCAUCUCAGACAUUGAAGUGGACCACUUGCACCUGACGGGCCCCACCGAGCUUGCUGUGCCAGGGCAUGACCACCCAGUGACCUUUGGGAAGAUGUACGACUUUGCCUAUAGGACGGCAGACUCAGAGAAGGAGGAGGUGGUCGUCAGCACAACGCGGCCAGAGACAAUGCUUGGCGACACGGCUGUCAUGGUGCAUCCUGAUGACACGCGCUACUUCCACCUCCACGGCCGGCUCCUCACACACCCACUGCGCCAGGACACCAUACCUGUGAUCACCGACAAGGCGGUGGACCCGAAAUUUGGGACAGGUGCGGUCAAGGUCACGCCAGGUCACAGCCACGAGGACAACCAGGUCGGGGAGAGACACAACCUGCCCUUCCUCUCCAUCCUGGAUGGCAGCGGUAGAGUGACGGACAUCGUGCCAGACUUUGAGGGUAUCCCAAGGUUCAAGGCGCGGGAUGCCGUGCUGGCGGUCCUGACAGCUCUGGGUCUUUACCGAGGCUGCCGUGCCCACCCCAUGAUGGUGCCUCGCUGCAGCCGCACUCAGGACAUCAUUGAGCCCAUCCUCAGGCCGCAGUGGUUCAUCCGCUGCAAGGAGAUGGCCAGAGAGGCAGCAGAGGCAGUUGACAGUGGUCGUCUCUCCCUUGUGCCGGAGCAUCACCAGCAGGCAUGGCACAGCUGGCUAGACAACAUCACGGACUGGUGUGUGUCGCGGCAGCUCUGGUGGGGCCACAGAAUACCCGUGUACUGCGUCACAACCUCAGACGGACGGGAACUGUGGAUGGCUGCAGCCUCGGUGGAUGACGCACGCCGGAAGGUUGUGGAGGGGAAAGGCAUCCCAGAAUCCUCCAUCGCCUCUGUUGAGCAGGAGCAAGAUGUCCUGGACACCUGGUUCUCCUCGGCCCUGUUCCCCUUCGCCUCGCUGGGCUGGCCAGGCAGGGAGGGGGGAGGGGAGGCGCUGGACCUGGCCAAGUACUACCCCACCACGCUGCUUGAGACGGGCCACGACAUCCUCUUCUUCUGGGUGGCGCGGAUGGCCAUGCUGGGACUCAAGCUGACGGGGGAGCUGCCGUUCAAGACUGUGUUGAUGCAUGGCCUGUUGUGCGACGCGGGCGGCCACAAGAUGUCCAAGUCCCGCGGCAACGUGAUCGACCCCAUGGACGUGAUCGCCGGGGCGUCACUGGAGGGGCUGUGUGGCCGCGUGCAGAGCAGUCAGGAGGCGGCUGAGGUGGUGGAGGGACUCAAGAGGAACUUCCCGGCCGGCAUCCCUGAGUGUGGGGCCGAUGCGCUGCGCUUCACUCUCUGCUCCACCAACUUCAAGAACCAGCUGCUGAACAUAGAUGUCACCAGAAUGGAGCAAACCAAGUUCUUUGGCAACAAGAUCUGGCAGACGGUGAGGUUCCUGCUGUCGGCCUUGGAGAGGGAGGCCGACAAGGGGCUGUCCUGCACCUCCCCUGUACAGCACUCCGACAGGAUGCACGUGCUUGGGGUUAUGGACCGCUGGAUUCUGAGUCACCUGGCGGGCCUGGUGGCAACGGCAGACAACGGCUUCACCACGUACGACCUCCACCUGGUGACCCUAGGCUUCCUCGCCUUCUGGCAGAACCGCCUGUGUGAUGUGUACCUGGAAAGCAUCAAGCCAGUACUGAAGGGGGAGUCCAAGGGUGAGAGAGACUGUGCCCUUCAGACGCUUUGGACCUGUGUUGAUGCUGGGCUCCGAGUGGCGUCCCCCUUCAUGCCGUACCUGACCGAGGAACUGUACCAGCGACUACCAAGGAGGGAAGGGAAGCAGCGGAGUGUGAUGGAGAGCGACUACCCACGGCCGGAGGAGUUCAAGGGCGUGAGGAACCUUAGGGUGGAGGAAGGAGUGGAGACAUUGCUGGAAGUUGCCUCGGCUCUCCGCACGCUCAAGACAUCCUACGGCAUUGCUCACGAUAAGGUCACAGGCAGUGUUGUCAGCUCUGAUGGGGUGUUGAGGAGCAUCCUGAAGGACAACCUGCAGACCCUGGCAACACUGGGCAGGAUGAAGGAGGUGUGGGUGGAGGACGGGAGCUCCAUCUCACCCACCUUCCACUCCUCCUCCGCUGUGGCCACCCUCUCCAGCACCACCACAGUCUAUCUCCACCUGAAGGGCGUGGUUGACCCCAAGGUGGAGGUGGCGCGGCUGACCAAGAAGCUGGCGCGGCUGGAGAAGGAAGAGAGGAAGGUGGUCAAAAUGGUGACGGCGCCGGGGUACGAAGAGAAGUCCCCGCCACACAUACAGGAGGCCCACCACAGCAAGCUUGUGUCGAUAAGAAGCGAGAUGGAGAGGCUACAAGCACUCAUUCACAGCCUGGAGGACCUAUAGAGAAGCACUGAUCUCUCCCAGCCACCUGUGUUCCUCUUAUUAGCUUGUUUAGGAGUGUCAAGCUAAUAGAUAAAAGCUAACACACGUAUUUAUAAAUGCAUCACCACCUCAGAUCGCCUGUUUGAGAAGCCAAUGUUAGAAGUUGCUGAGAUUUCCAUGGCCUGUUUUGUGAUCCUAGUGAUAGUUGUACACAACUUCUGUAUCUUGAAUCACCUAUGAAAACCUGGUUAAUCUUCUCUGUGGCUUUGGGAAAAUAGUUGUAAUGGGAGCCUGAUACGUUUAAAAAUAUGGACCUAAUACAGUGAUAGCUUAGCACCACUUGAUCUGCUUGAUGCCAUAUUUUGAUUUGCUGUACAUACACACUCAUUUAAAAGCCAAUCUCUCGUAAAAGUUUAAAGUUGAUUGUUUGACAGACGAAUAAGUUCAAGCUCCUCAGGGUGGAUUUUGUAUUAGUAUUCACAGUAAAGCAAGAUGUAAAAUAAUCUUCAAUACACUGGUUUGUAAUAGAGAGCCUAACCUAACACACACACUUAGGGCCGCUUUCAGAGUCAUUUUGUUUGUUUUGACCGUUGCCAAUGGUGGCGAACGCUGCUAUAGUAUUUCCACGUUAAAUUGGCUGAUGGGGUAGUGGCGGCUGCGGGGUUAGCCUAGCCACGCACCUUACCACACACUCUCAACACCUCUCGCUUCCUCUGCAGCUGCCACUACCCCAUCGGCCAGUUUCACGUGGAAAUAAAUAGUGGUGAUCGCAGCCUUUGGUAACAAUCAAAACAAACAAAAGUGACUGUGAAAGUGGCUCUUAGUCUGGUACAGGUAACAUAGGUGAGACUGCUUUGUACCUGCCAGUUUUUGUAUUAACAUUCAGAGUAAAGCCAAGUGGUGUAAAAUAAUCUUUAAUACAUACACCAUUUUAUAAUAAUGAGUGCCCAACCUAACACACACAUAGCCUAGUACAGGUAACACAGGUGAGAAAGCUUUGUACCUGCCAGUCUGACAUGUAAAUAGGAGAGCAAGAGAGGAAGGAGAAGGAAAGGGAGAGUAGGAGAGGGAGAGUUGGGAGGGAGAGUAGGAGAGGAAGAGGGAGUUGGGAGGAAAAAAGAGGGAGAGUUAGAAGAGGAAGGAAAGGGAAAGUUAGGAGAGAGAGUAGGAGAGGGAAAGAGAGUUAUGAGAGGGAGAAGAGGAGGAGUUGGGAGGGAGAGGGAGAGCAGACAUGUUUGUAAAUAGUGUUGUAAUUAAAUUGUUGGUUGUUA